AUGAUGGUGACAACUGACACAAUCUGUUUUUGUUGUUAGGGGUUUCUAUGGUUGCCAAGGUCAGCAUGACAUUAGGUGGAGCCCUCUGUUGGCCAACCUUUGACUUACAUUGUUACAUGCUGCAGCGCAGAGGGGAUUUUGGUUUUGAGAGGAUUUCCAUUAUGGGAAGCUGCGCAACUAGCAACAUUGAUAAUUGCCCCAUCCACUGAAUCCACUUUAGUUCAUGGGAAGUAACUGUGACCAGGUUGCGGAGCGUUCAGUUCCUGAUUCAGUUCCCCUCUUUUGUUCCCAGUUAGCAGACGCAUGUCGCGGAUCAGGACCACGCUCGACAAUGUCACCAAGGCAGUAGGCAGCACCGACCUCAUCUCCAAGUUCUCCCGCUUCAAGCCCGGCGGUGCCGCUGUUGGCUGCUCUCAUGCGGAAAAGGUUUUGGCCAAAUCCGAGACCCCGAAUAACACGGCUCCUCCCUCGUCAGCCGGGGCGACCAUGAAAGACGAGGGCGGAGGUGAGAAGAACGCGUCAGAGGAGGAGUCGGACAAGCGAUGCCUCCAAGCUACAGAAAAUCCUUUUGUUGCCACCAAACAGUCCGCGUCCGGUUUGGCUUCAGUGGCAAAUGUGUCCGCGUCGGGCUCGUCCGCCACUGUGGCAAAACAAACUAUGCAGCUGUUUCACCCGGCAGCUCUUUCGACCAACAUGGAUGAGACCUACAACACACUGGCUCAGCAUAUCAAUAAUUACUUUGGCAGCAACACACAGGGAGAAGACGGAGAGAACAGGCCACUGCAGCAGGACAGACGAGGGAAUGAUGUUGUUUCUGAGCCUGCCCCUCAACCUGCCUCCCAGAGAACUGCGGAACCCAUUCUUAUUUUGUCUCCAGUGGCAGAGGCGAAGAGUACUGAAGCACCGACUACCUCCCCUGUCCAGCCCUGUCCAUCGGACAAGCACAGUCCUCCAGUAGGGACGCCCUCCGCUGACAGCCCCGUAACAGAACAUGCAGAUCAAUCCAUCCCUGUGCCGCCUGCUACCUCUGCUAAAAAAGGCUUCACCCGCUACCUCUCCUACCCUCGGCCCAGCGUCCAGACUUUUGUUGGCAGUUACAUUGCACCACUGGUCCCCAAAUUCAGAGGUGAUUCCAAGAGCAAUGCAGCGGCUGAGAAAGACAAGGCCUCAGCGGUCGCCGUGGAAGAGCCAACUGUAGUCAAAGCAGCGCAGAAGACAGACGGCGACGAGGAGAAAGCGGAUAAAGUGAAGCAACAGCUGUUGACUCAAAGGCAGAAGAUAAUAGCCAGGGUGAGCGUAGACAACAGGACCAGAGUUCUGGUGAAAGGCCUUCAGAGGGUCACGGAUGUCAAACUCCUCACCACUCGAGUGGAAGAGCUCAGCUCUCACCUCCUGGAAUUCCCGGAGACGCGAGGUGUUGCUAUCAAGGAGAGAGCAAUGCCGUGCCUGCUGCGUUUGCGCCAGGCCCAAGACCUUCCUCUCCAGGCCGCCGUGAGGGAAGCACUGGCCCUGGUUGGCUACAACGAACCAGUCAAAGGCCGAGGAAUUAGAGUCUUGGCCAUAGAUGGAGGGGGAACAAGGGGACUGCUAGCCCUGCAAACUCUACAGAAACUGCAGGACAUGACGGGGAAACAAGUCCACCAGCUCUUCGACUACAUCUGUGGAGUCAGCACAGGUGCUAUCCUGGCCUUCAUGUUGGGGAUUUUUCAAAUCCCCCUGGAAGAGUGCGAGGAGAUGUAUAGGAAGCUGGGCUCAGACGUGUUCAAGCAGAACGUCAUCGUGGGAACUGUGAAGAUGGGCUGGAGCCACGCAUUCUAUGACAGUGAAAUCUGGGAAAACAUCCUCAAGGAACGGAUGGGUGAAGGGUGUAUGAUUGAGAGUGCCAGGGACCCACACUGCCCGAAAGUGUCAGCAGUAAGCACCGUUGUGAACAGGGGUUUACCUCUGAAGGCCUACGUGUUCAGGAACUACAGAUUCAUGCCUGGAGUGAGAUCCCACUACCCAGGAGACUGCAAACACAAAAUGUGGCAGGCCAUCAGGGCCUCUUCUGCCGCCCCGGGAUACUUCCAGGAAUGUGUCCUGGGAAAAGACCUUCACCAGGACGGGGGACUCCUGAUUAACAACCCCACGGCCUUGGCCAUCCAUGAGUGUAAGUGUCUUUGGCCAAACACACCCCUGCAGUGCGUGUUGUCUCUGGGCACCGGACGGUACGAGACGGCCGGCAAGAACAACACAACCUUCACGAGCCUGAAGACCAAGCUCACCAAUGUCAUCAGCAGCGCCACAGAUACCGAGGAGGUGCACACCAUGCUGGACGCCCUCCUGCCGCCGGACACCUACUUCCGCUUCAACGCCUACAUGAGCGAGGACAUCCCGUUGAACGAGAGCCGCAUAGAAAAGCUGAACUUCCUCAAGGGCGAGGGCGAGCGCUACCUGGAGCGCAACGAGGCCAAACUGAGGAAGGCGGCAAGCGUGCUGUGCCAGGAGAAGAGCAGCAUCCAGAGACUGGCUGAGUGGGCCAAGCUCAAGUCCGACAUGUACGAGGGGCUCCCCUUCAUCUCCAAGCUGUAGUCCUCAGCCCGGCAACAGAGUGACCACUCAAAGUGUUUUUAAGACAGGCACCUGCAAAGCUUAAGAUGCAGAGGUUUCGUUGGAUCUUUGUGAGACGUCGCUGAGAAACGGCACAGUCUCUCCACGUCUUGGACGAGCACAGUCAAGAAGAAAGACAAGUGAGGCGAGCGUGGGAUUAACACUGCCGAUGUUCGGCAGUGUUAAUCUCACGAGGCUGGGAUUACAUGAAGGUGUGGGACACACACACACACACACACACACACGUACUGUACAUAAGGAGUGAGAGAAAUAGUUUGUACCACUCCGCUAUUAGUUGCAUGUUGUGGCAGGAGCUGUCUGUCUCCCCCUCCUCCUCUUCAAGCAGAAUUGGAUCGUCUGGUCUCAUAGUGUUCCCUAGCAACCACUAUAGCUCCCCUUCUCGUUUAUAAUCUUCCCAAUGUACGCGUGCCUACAUUUGCCUAAAAUUACCCCCGAUCGGGGAGACGACGUGUUACACAAUCAGGCCUCUUAGUUUCCUGCCAUGAGAAGCGUUUUGUCAGUUUAAAGUCCAGGGGGGAAAAAUGUAUUUAUCUAUCGUUUGUUUUUUCGAAGCUCCCGCGGUUGGCACACACAGCCUGUCAUCUCCUCACACAAACAAAGUGCAAGCAUGUGAGAGGAAGUUUGUAUAAGUUGCCAUACCUUUUGUUUUUGUCAUGGCUCUCUGCUUUAUUUUUCUAGUAUAUAUUCUGGGAAAUGAACACAGUUACAUAACUAGAGCCUUCUCAUAACAUGUCAUCACAAUGUACGCGUUUACAGUUGCUCCAAUAAUUGCGAGUGAACCGUCCAAAAGGUGCCUGAGGGGUUAGAAGUGUGUGUGUUUGUGUAGAUGCCCACACAGUAACAGAAAUGAGGAAGAACCAAUUCAUACGUCACAUCCAUCACUGCAGAGGACUAAUCACCCAAAGGGCACAUGAGAGGGAUUCAUAUGGAAUCAGUCCGACCGAUUCUGGUCGCCGCGCCCGGGCCAUCGCAGUCCGUACUUGUCAGCCGCUUCACGCCGGUGUUUUGUCAGAUGUGGCUCACUGACCAAGUUUGGGGAAAGGCUGCUGUGUAAACAAUAACAGUAUCUGGUCGCUGUCAAAGAGACAUUGUCUCACCAUAAUAUAUCCCGGUCUGUAUAAACUGGUUUUAAAGUACACAGAGCCCCGGAGAGCAGACAAUAGGAUCCGAAAGAUAUAAUCUCCUAACUGGAACAAGUGAAGAGUUUGUACUUGCAAAUGAUUUUAGCACAAAUCUAAUCCAUUAAAAAUAAAAUUAAAAUGAUGCUUUUACAUCAGUUCUUCAGUAAAAUAUCCUUCUGGAACAGAGAGACAGUCGACCCACCGUUUCCGACACGUUGAUGGAAAUAUG